GUAUUUGCAAUUAUGGGGAGAAGCGAUAGAAUGGAUGGUAUUCUAGGGUCUGUGAUGCUCUGAAGAUGAAAUGCAAACACAGUGUAUGCAUAGACUUCAUUCAAUUUAAAGCCAAGCGCAUUUUGAGCAGGGCAGACCAUUAGAAAAGAAGUCAAACCUUGAAAAUUAUCACACGUGCAAGAAAAUUGACAGUAGGCCUAUGUGCCAAGUCAUCUGGUUAUAAUUUCACAGGCAUGUUCAAGUAUACAUACAUCUUGUUGAUCACCAUGUUUUCAGCUGUGUUGUCAUAGAAGUGUUUGAUGGCUUGCUGUAAAACACUUGCAAUUUAAUUGCACCUGCAGUGACAGUGUACACAUUGUAUUGAGAGCCGGGCUAGUCCAUUCAGCUGGAGGGGGCAGGGUUUGUCAUUAUUAACUGGCUCCUGAUUGGUCCAUACUUCUCUCCGUUUGGUAUCACUGACCACGGGAUCAACCAUGCACAAACUGUGGUACACACUACACAGCUAGGUAGCUUGCCGAGUGUGUUGCUGACAGCACAGUGUAUGAGGAGGCUGUUCAUUGUACCAUGCAUACUGUAGUUAUUUGAAAUUGAAUGCAGUGAUAACAAAUUAUAUUUGGGAUGGUACGGUUACUGUCAAUGCUGAAAUUUUCAGUCAAGCGCAGUUUUCGACGCAAUACAGAGUGAAUGGAGUUUGCUUCUGACAAGAAUGUUCAUCCUGGAUUGUGAUUCUUCAACUCAAGCUUGCCAAUGUAACAUGAGGGACAGAUUUAUUGGUUAAGAGAUCAAACUUCAUGUUGGACUGACAACAGCUUCAUAACUUCAGAUUCUACUCAGGUACUAGCAAACAUACCCCAAGCUGACAAUGUGCUAUCUGAUAGUGACAAUACGCUCCCUGCUUUGGACUGUGGUCAGUAUUGGUAUCGUUGUGAUGCACGUCUUUGCCAUCAUCAACCCGGAUUGGCUGCUCCGCGACGACCGGCCUCUCACGGCCGCCUACGCCUCAACCACACCCAACGAAGACGUGUCAUCGCAAAACGCAACGACAGAGUCUUCCCUCAGACCGGACUCGGACAUUCUAAUCACACAGAGUUCCAAGGUGGGAUUACUGACGUUAUGUACAGAGCGGUACUCGAUGAACACUCUGCGUUACGUGACCAACAACGGUGAGCAGUCCAGAGCUGAGGAAUGUGCCUGGAUCGCCAGUUUCUUUGAGUUGCCUAUUUGGUUGUGGAUGGUGACUGUUGUUCUCUACUGUCUUGGUGUAGCCAUUCUUGGUUUCAUUGCCGUUGUGUCGGUCUUCACGAUGUGCUUUAAGAGUAUUUGCAAGAAAAGCCUCUUCACGGUGUCGGGACUUAUACAAGCAAUCGCAGGUCUUCUGAUUCUCCUGGGUCUGGUGAUGUACCCUGCGGGCUGGGGCUCAGAUGCCGUCACCGAGCUCUGCGGUAUGGACGCCGCCCCCUUCCAGUUUGGAGCAUGCUCACUGGGCUGGGCAUUCUACGUUGCCGCUGCGGCCACAUUCCUUACAUUUGCCUGCGCAGUGUUGUCCGUGCAGGCCGAAAUUGCAACAUCCAGCGACGAUGUGCAAGAUGAGAUACUGAAAGGGAAAUACGUCAUCUGUCUGCCGUGAUGAAAGAAAUGUGUACACGGAUGUUUUUCGGACUGAGGAUGGUGACAGAUCAGUGUCCAAAUUCACCGUGCCACUAAGCAUGCAUGCAGCUAGAAUGAAAUAUCCUCUUUUUAAAAAAUUGAAACAAAACUAGUAACAACUUUACGAAGACUUUACACUAUGUUUCUUUAGAACAAUGGAAGACUUUCCUUUUGGAGGAAAUAUCAGGAAUUUGUGCAGUGAUUUGUAGAAUUUGAGACCCCCAAAUGCAAAUAUCAGACUUCGUGUGCAAAAAAGGGGAGAUUUCAGACAUUGGGGUGAACAAUGUGUGAGAGAUUCACCUUCAAAUACACUUAACAAAAACAUUUUAUUUAACAGUAUAAUUUUAGAAAUAAAUAAAAAUGAUAUAUUAACUGCAGAUGCAACAUUUUCCACUCGCACUAAAAGAAAAGGCAAUAGGAACACAUUCUUUGUUUAAAAACUGAAAAGCAUGAGUUUUGUUUUUUGUAACGAACUGAACUGAAUACCAUGACUUUUAAAAGUUUACAUUUAAAUGUUUUAUAUGAAAUGUAUAUUUUUGUGUACAUAUUUUUGUGUCCAUAGCACAGUGUUUCCCUGAUGAACAAAAUAAGGCCAUACAUUAUUAAAUUAUAUUAUUUGUUUUGUUUUGUUAUGACAAUCAUUAAAAUGGAUGUGAAGUCAGCAUUCCCAAGUGACCAAGUGAACGAUUUGUAGGUUACGUAGUUUACAUACUUCCUAGUUUUUAUAUUUUGUUUGUGUAUUGGUAUUUUGGAAGUCAUGUGAAUAACCCUCAAAAGUAUUCUGGAAGUUGAAGUUGUGUGGCAUGGUUGCAGCAUGACGAUGCAUACUUGUAACCACUCUCGGUUGUCAGAUAAAGAGUCGUCAAGCAGAUAACCUUUGCUAUGGAGGUCAUAGUGAAUACAUCGGUAACAAGUCUAGAAAUAUCUGAAAUUUUGAAAUGGAGUAGUCACAGGUCAUUUUAAUACUCAAGUAUGUUCAAGAUGCUCACUGUACAAAUGCAUGUACAUAAAGACACUGUUAACACAACUCUCUGUAAAUAGUUUACAUGCCUUUUUGGCAUCUAAUUUGUACGUACACAUCUGUUGGCAUUGUCCCUUCAGAUUUAAGUUUUAAGACUUUGUUUUGAAAUAUUUUUCUUUUGAGAAAGGGCUCAUAUACAUACAUAUCAAGUUUUACAACUAUUUAUUAUACAUGUAAUAUGGAUAAUAAAGUUAUUUGUUCAGUUAGUAAAAAAAUGUGGACGCUUCUACAUAAACACCAGGAGAAUAAGUUCUGAAAUACUGAGAUUUGACUGAAUCUGCUGGGAGUGGCUGAAGAAAUUUAUAGACAUCACGUCAGUUUCGGUCAUUUAGGGGUGGAUCUCUAAUCAUAAAUUUGAAGACGGGUGUUCUUUCCCCCUACCCAACCUAUAAUCAGUUUCUACAAUGUACAUGUACAUGUACUGAGGUGUAAGCACAUGUACAUGUAAAAUACAUGUACUUCUAUUUUCAGUUGUUAGUUGAAUAGUUAUUGUGUCUGUAUGUUAAUUUAAAGGUUGGUGUUGCAAUCUGCACAUACAUGUAUGUAUGCAGUCUUGGCUAUUGAAAUGACACACUCUUGAAAAGUAUAGAUUUCUGAGCACCAGUUUCAAUAUAUUCUUGUUGUUUAGUCAGUCCAGACAUGUUGGAUGCAAGAGAAAUUUCAGCAGAUGCUAGACAUACCUGUCUUGAGUGUUCUCAAUUUAUUCACUUCAUACAAGGUACAUACGUACAUCUGCACAAUGUGCAUGUACAUGGCAUGAUGCUCUUGUCAGUUGUCGGGCCAAGAAUUCAAUUUGUCCGGAUCCAGAAAUAGGGUCGUUAACGUCAUUCGAGAUCAAGCCUGAUCAGGUCUUUAUAAGGUUGCGGCCUCAGUUAGGUUUUGUAUUUUCUUAAUACAUGUAGGUAUUUUUGCCAGGAGAGAGGCAAUUGUAGUAAAGUGUCUUGCCCAAGGACACAAUCACCAUGUUCCCUGUCAGGGUUUGAAUUUUUAUGGUACAUUUUGUAAAAUCUCAGGAAUUUCAUAUUUUAAUGGGGAUUAAAACAAAAAAGGAAUCUAGGAAAAAUCCUGAAAAAUCUCACCUCUGACAGAAAAAGCCGACAAAUCACACCACUACUCUAGAACCAUGGCCAAUUUACAGAUGGAAACAGCAAGCUAUAUUUUAUGCAAACCAGAAAAUAAAUACAUCUUCCUACGCAAAAAGUCUUCCCUCAAUAGACCAAUGACUUCCAUUCUUGGAUUAAUUUUGGCUAAUCAUUGACACAAUCUCCUUUUCCCAAUCCAAACUUCCAUAAUUUUAACAUUCAAUGUUUUUUUUUUCAACUUAUUUUUGAUAAAUCCGAUGCAGUGCGCUAUCAUCUCUGGUUCCAAAGUAAUUAAUGUUCUGCAGAUGUGGCACUGUCGGUGCGCGCUAAUAACAGGCAAUGCAGCACAAGUGUUCCACUGUCGCGUUGGACUGGGUUCGGGUUAACUUGAUCCAGCGUCAGUCUGUCUGUGGACAUUGUAGAACGCACUCUGUUGGUUUUAAUCACACAGUAGCUGGCAAGAAAACAGUGAAUUGAUACGUGCAAUGUCUGAAAGACUCCAUCUCCCUGUGAAUUUUGAAUAGAUAGAGCAGCAAGUAAUUUUAGACUGCAUGUGUUAGGUGAAUCAAAAUUGCGUGGAUCAACCCCCCUCCCCCCAAAUUUUUUUGAAACCGUCAGAUCUGUACUGAGAUGCAUAAUAGAAGAAUGCACACAUGAUAGUUACAUUGGUGGUGAGAGAACAUCAUAAGCUAAUUCUGGCAGUGAACAGUAAAUGUAAAGAUAUGAUUUCAGUUUACAUGAUGCAGAGGUGUUUUUGAUUACAGCUCAAGUAUUGCUUUAAAGUUGCUAGUUUCUGACAAAUCCUAAGCAUUGUGAAUUAAAUCAUAAGCCUUAUUCAAGAAAAUUGAUUUGUCUUUAUUUAGGUUGAAAGGGUGUGAUCUAUAGGGUGUGGUCACUGCUAGGAACUGACAAACUGAAGACAAAAUAAAGAAACUUUACUUAUGUAUUACAUGUAGCAUUUUAAAAAAUGAACAACAAUGUAGAACAGCCUGCUUUGUACACAUUCACAUUCCUACCGUUUGAUUCAACACUGGUCACUGUACUCGGGUUCUUACUGAAAAUUCUUCCUUUUUAAUACAUGUUUGACUUGCUGACACAAAACUAGAGCGAUUUCACAACAAUGAACUCUCAAGAUGUUGGCAUCAAUAAACGAAGCCCCCAACAUUUUGAGGGUUUUCAAGAUUGUUUCCUGUUCAAUUUUUGAAAUGUUCUGGAAAUCCGUAUAUUGGAAGAGUUUCAGUAGUUAGAGAGUUAUGUCUUUAAAAGGGAUUUGUGGUAAACAUUGCUGAAAUUAGUGUCAGUUUGCAAGACAGAAGGUCACACUAUUCAACUCUGGGGUUUUUUACAUCUGAAGUCACUUUCUAUAGCUGUAAAAGCUGUAUGAUAGACAGCUUAUCAUAAAAACAUUUGUGGUGUAGAUACUUAAGAUACAUCCUGACACGCUUUCUGAAGUAUUUUGAAAUUGGCAUUCCAUGUUGAUGGCAUUUGCCACAUCGUAUUUUUAUUUCUUCCUCACCUUUGUGAUUAUUCAAUUGUAAUGAGAAUAUUACUUUUGUAAAUAUUAAUUUGUUGUGGGGGAGUAUUUAUGUGUGCAUGUGAAUAAUCUAAGACCUUUGUUUUCACAUAAGAAAAGAUUUUUAAAAGAAAGGGGAAAACUUGUAUUGUUAUAAAUAUGUUAAUAUUAUUAGCUACAUUUACAGUAUAUGUUUCAAAGACAUGAUAAAUAUUGUUUCUAUGUGUUGUUCGUGUUUGCUAUAAAUUUGUUGCACAUGUUCAUUUUGAAAAACUUUCGUUAGAUGUAGCUGUAGUAUAGGCCUAAGUUGAUUUGUGUGUAGUUGGUGAAGAUGCAGACCACUAAAUCUAUCUUUCAAGAAAAUAUUAUUGAAAAGGGCCAAUGGUUUUAUGUAGUUUUCUAUUACAUGUAUAUACAAAGGUGUGUAGAAACAUGUAAAUUUCAUUCUUGUGAAAUACAUUGUUUUUAUUUUGAAGUAUAUUUUUCAAACCAACAACUCAAACAAUUGCCAUCAUGUGACGAAAUGUGUGGAGACUUAAUAAGAUAUUUUAAAAAUAAAACAUAGUUGUAUACAUGUAACUGCAGCUGGAAGUAUGAAAAUGAUGGCAAAAUGAUUUGUAGAUCAUAUUAUAGCCGACAAACUUUACUUUAUCAAUAAUAGGAAAGACUUGCUGUUGUUAUUGUAUAUGAGAUAGAAAAAUUGUAAACAUGUCUACGGAAAAAUCACUGUUUUGGUAGAUUGGUUUUUUUUCUUUUUUAGCAAAUCAAACUGAAGAAGCUUUGAUUGUUGUUGAUGUAAAUUGGAUAUUUAUUUAUACUGUAAAUUCAGGUGACUCAUUUGUACAUUGUCUUUUCAGAAGAAUUUUUUUUCAUACCUUUGAAAUGAAUCUGGGCAAUAAAUAUUACUUGGACAAGGAAACGUCCAUUUAUUGUUUAUA